CCUUAGGCCUUUUGAAAUCCCGUCUUCAUUGAUUCAUUCUUGCUGCCUGCUUCUUCCUGCUUGCAUCUUCAAAUUAAUUCCAGACGGUGAGACGUCGUCUUCUUCAAUCUUAAGUUCUUCACGACGUCAAUCCAGACCACUGCCAUUCUUCUUCUUCACCGUUUUUAACUGGUUACCAUACAGGAAGAUUUGUCCAAGUUUUAAUUUCUGUUUGGGACAUCAGUUUUAAAAUCUGAUGGAUCGCCCUCCACAUGAUUAUCCUGCUAUGGCAUUUGCUCAGCAACAGCCACAGCAAGGAGCUAAUAUGCCUGGACAGCAGUAUGGAUUCCCUCCGCAGCAUCAACAGUUUCCCCCUUCAGUUCACGGCCCUCCUUUUAUGCCUCCUCAUCCAUCUGUCCAACAGUAUCCGUAUCAGCAUCAGCAGCAUCCUCAACAAAUGCAUUCUCAUCCUCCUCCCUCUCAUCUUCUUCAUCUUCAGCAUCAGCAACAACCUCCUCCAUCCUAUCCCCCUCAUAUGCCUCCUCACAUGGUACCCUCUCCUUUUCCUGGAGGUCCAUAUGACUCUGCUCCACCUCCUCCAGAUCCUGAAUUACGAAAGCGUAUAGACAAACUAGUUGAGUAUGUUGCUAAAAAUGGCCCAGGAUUUGAAGCUAUGGUAUGUGAGAAAGAACAUAAAAACCCAGAUUACAAUUUUCUGUUUGGUGGUGAGGGUCAUGGAUACUAUCGGUAUAAACUCUUUCUAUUUACUCGGGGUCCUGGCCCGUUUGGUGCAUCUUUCCCUCCUUCCAUGCCUGGUAUGCAUCCACCGCCUAUGAAUCCCACUGGAGUUUCAGGUCCAAUGAUGGGCCCACCUCAGAUGCACCAACCUCCUUUCCCUCAUUAUGAUCAGCAACAGCCUUAUCCGCAGCCUUAUUUGGGUGACAAUCGCCCGGAUUAUGACCAGCUUUCGAAGCCAUUUAGAGGACUUUCUGGCCCACUUCCUUCAGAUAUUGCCAUGGAGUUGAACAAUGUGCUUGUCAACCUCACUGGUACUAAGGAGUCAAUUAAAAGUGCUAAGGCAUGGUUUAUGCAGAGGUCACCUUUUGCACCUGCUCUAGCUGAAGCAUUAAGAGAUAGGGUCUUCGCUAUUGAUGAUUCCGAUAAGCAGUUGCACAUUGUAUACCUUGCAAAUGACAUCCUCUUUGACAGCUUCCAGCGGCGCGUCAAUCCUCAUGAACUUGAUAGCGAGGCCCUUGCAUUUAAACCAGUUUUGGGCUCUAUGCUGGCGAGGAUAUACCAUCAUCCCCAAAAUAAGGAAGAAAACCAAUCUCGGUUGCAGAAAAUUGUGCAAUUCUGGGCUUCAAAAGAAGUUUACGAUCAAGAAACUAUACGCUCACUUGAGGGAGAGAUGGUUGGAGGACCACCACCUACAUUUCAGGGGCCUCCAAAAGACCUUCCUGGUUCUUUUGAUCCCUCAAUUUCUGGGGGUUUACCUCAACCAGCAGCAAUAGGUAACCUUGCACAGUGGCAGCAGGAUAAACAAGGUUCAUUACUUAAUCAACAGCUGCCCGGCCCUGCAAUUUCGUCUAUGCCUCCUGGUCAGCCGUUUAUUCCUCAUACUGUUCCACCAGCUGGCUUUCCGGGCUCCGUUCCACCAGCUUCAGCCAUUCCACCAGUAAACCAACCACCUAUCCCGCAUGCAUUGCCACAACCAUCUGCUAACAUUGGUGAAAAACUACCGCCUUAUCCUUUGUUCCCUCCUGGUCUAAUACCUAGAAUGGUCAGAAAACAGCAAAUUGGAAGCGGAGUACCCUACUCUCCGAUGAGUCCUCUAGAUAUUCCUACCGUUAUACCACCAUCUGAUGUACCCGAAUCGGAUAUCUUGGAAAGAGUGUCUAAAUUCUUCAAGGAGAUCGGGGAGGUCAAUCCAUCAGAAGGUCCAAUGAGUGAAUCCGACGCAAGGUAUGAAGACGACUAUCAGAGAGACUCUCCAGUCCGCCAGGGAGGAGCUUGUAUUCCUCCACCCCCUGAUUUUCAAUCAAACGCGGACAGAGAAACAGAACCUGGAUCAUCUACCUCCGGAAGAUUAGGCCUCGGAGCUACUGCGAAUCCUAACGAGGGUAGCCAAUAUGAUGAUGUUUAUACUAAUUAUCGCAAACAGAGAAGUUCGAACUACCAUACAUCAAUGAGCGUUAGGGCCGGGUCAAAAUAAAGCAUAGUAGAUAAUUUUUUGUGAUCAAGUGUACUAGAUUGAGACAUACACAUGGUAAAAGUUAAUGUUACGUGUUAAUUUAUGUUUGAUCUAACUAGAGGUGUUCAUUCGGAUGAUCGGGUCGGUUUCGGACGGGUGUCAUUCGGUUCAGUUCUAUUUCGGAUUGGUUAUUUUUCGGAUGCGUGUUAUGGCGGGUCACACUCGGGUCAGGUCGGUUGGUCACAGUUCGGUUGAAGAUCAAUUAUUUGAACUAUCGGGUUAGCAUUGGUUCGGUGUCAGUUGAAGUUCGUGUCGUGUAGUCAAUCGGUCUCAGAUUGUCAUCGGCUAAUAAUUGGUUCGGUUUUACCGGGUACAAAUCGGGUUCAUGUAUUAUUUUCCAGUAUAAUUCGGCUACGAAUUAUUAACUACUAUAGAUCGAGUCAAUAUCAAAUUAAGUUGUUAAGACAUUUUUAAUUGAUGAUAAGAUUCCCCUUAGUUAAGGCAAAA